GCCAAGAUGGCGACCAUUUUGCGUAGUCUCCGUGCCGUUUCCAGGGGAAGAUCGUUAUUCCGGCUGUACCAGGCUAAUCGAAUUCCAGUUUUGAAUUAUGCCAGCCACAAUAUGAUAACCGUACCCCUUUGUGGUAAAAGACUAGCAUUGAUGCCGUCAACAGGAACCUGUAUGAGGUGUCCACAUUAUAGCACAGCUCCUCUGGUAGCAGUAACAGAUGAGCCUGAUGCACUAUAUAGGAAGAUUUCUGUGUUGGUAAAGGGCCAUGAUAAAGCUGUACUGGAUAGCUAUGAAUAUUUUGCUACACUUGCUGCUAAAGAGCUGAAUAUCACUGUUGAUAAAGUGUAUGAACCUGUAAAGAAAAUUGAUAGAAUGACACUUCUCAAAUCUGUUCACAUUUUCAAGAAACACAGAGUACAGUAUGAGAUGCGAACAUACUACAGAUGUAUAGAGAUCAAACAUUUAACUGGAAGCUCUGCCAAUGUGUACUUGGAAUAUAUCCAGCGCAAUCUUCCAGAAGGUGUUGCAAUGGAGGUGACCAAGACUUUGAUAGAAAAGCUACCAGAACAUAUUAAGGAACCUAUUUGGAGAAUUCAUUCUUCUGAAAAUGAAGGCAAGCCAGAUAGAUAAAGUCCAUGAACAUUCUCCUAUAAAUGUUCAUUGUAUCUAUUUUAAAACACCUUACUAAAUGAACUCUUGUCAAAGUUUUUCAGUUUUGUGUUGGAAUAUCUGGUCUGUGUAUCCUAAAAGAAUUUUUUUUUAAAAAACUUUGCAUUUCCCUAGACUUGUAGGCAGCACCUGUUAGAGCUCCUAAAGCAUAACAACUUGGUAAUAUAUUGGAAAGUCAUGAAAUGUUUAGGCAUUUGUCCAAGUGACCUGAAUUAGAAAUGAAUUAAAAAUCAACAAUUAGUUGUUUGCAACUAACGUUACCUAGACAAUAGUUCAGGAGAUGACCAGAGAUUAAUGUGGUGAUGGGGGAGGGGAGGAAUUGGUAGAAUAACUUGCUGGCUGCACUGUGUGACACAGGUUGGUGCUAUGCAAGUAUAACUACAAAACCAGAAUUUCUAUCUCAUCUCCGAUGUAUUAUUUAUAAUAAUUAGGGUUUCAUUGUUAAUCAAUUGGUAUGCUGACCUUGUUUUGGUCUGUAAGUUCAGUGUACUUAUGGAAAUUGCCCUUUUGACAUAACUGAUAAUUGGAGGAACCGACUCAUAUUUAGCCACCAAGGCUGAUGUUAAAUGCAACUUAAUGUGGAGACAUGAGACAAUAUGUUUUCAGAGGAAAAGCAAUAACUUGAAGUAUACAUUAAACAAGAUGCUGGGUUGGUAUGGAUUAGCAGGGACAGCUAAAGGCUCAAAUAUAUAAUUCCUUGAAGAUGCAUAUAAAACAGGAUAAAGCCCCAAAUAGUCAAUAUAUCUUCAAUAUUAUAAAUAGGAGCACAGUAUCUAAACAGGAAUUGAUAAAUUUGUGUAAGACAAUGGCUAAGCCAAAGAUUCAAGAUUCUAUGUAAAUUUGGUUACAUGUAGAAAGAACAUAAUCAAAUAACAGAAAUUCACCCAGUUGAAACCAGUUUUGACAAGCUAGUCAUAUUACAGUCUGUGCGUGACUAUUUCCAUCAAAAGGCAAGACAAAUAAGGACUGAUGCAAUGUAUUGAAAACGCAAUAAAAAAAUUGAUUAGGAAGGAGUCAAUUUGGAAGUGAUUAGGAUUUUUUUAAAAAUGGAGUAUGGUUGGCUACCAUACCUUUGCUAUAGUAAAUGGUUGAGGUAGAGGUCUUUAUACUUUAAGUGAAAAACUGGAUAACUGUUUGAAAUAGGAGAUAACAGCAAAACAGUACAAAUGUUCUUUAAAUCGCUCUUAACAAAGAGCCAACAGAUAUGUACUCUAAAUGGCUUCUGUGUUGUAAAUCUUAAAAUGUAUCGCUGUUAUGCCUGCAGUAGUAUUUAUUUUGCCAGUUGUCUUUUUUCAUUCAUGUAAAAAAUGAGGUCUGCAGAUGCUGGAGAUCACAGCUGCAAAUGUGUUGCUGGUCAA